CUUUCACUCAAAAAAAAAAAAAAAGGAAAAAAUUAAGAGUAACAAAAGAUGUGUGGAGGUGCCAUAAUCUCCGAUUAUGAGCCCGCCGGAAACUUCUACCGGAAACUCUCUGCUCGUGACCUGUGGGCUGAGCUGGACCCUAUCUCCGACUACUGGUCCUCUUCCUCCUCAUCCUCAACUGUCGAAAACCCUUAUUCCGCUCAGUCGCCGGUGACUCACUCCGUCGAUAAGCCUAAGAAAUCAGAUUCCGGCAAAUCUAAUCAACUCAAAAAAGGUAAUAACACUGUGAAGGUUGAGAAGGAGAAGAGUAGUGGACCAAGGCUGAGAAAGAACAAGUACAGAGGAAUAAGGCAGAGACCAUGGGGAAAAUGGGCUGCUGAGAUUCGCGAUCCUCAGAAGGGUGUUCGUGUUUGGCUUGGUACAUUCAACACAGCAGAGGAUGCUGCCAGAGCCUAUGAUGAGGCUGCUAAGCGCAUUCGUGGUGACAAGGCCAAACUCAACUUCCCCGCCCCAUCACCACCUGCUAAGCGACAGUGCACUAGCACUGUCGCUGCUGAUCCUCCACCAGCACUACUCCUUGUGAGUUCUAACAUAAUAUCUGAUAACAACUCUCCUUUAAUGAACUUCGGAUAUGAUGUUCAGAGCCAAACUCCCUACUACCCAAUGGAAAUGCCCGUUGCUAGUGAUGAUUAUGAACUCAAGGAACAGAUUUCCAACUUGGAAUCGUUCCUGGAAUUGGAGCCAGCAGAUUCAUCUGAUCAGUUUUCAGGGAUCGCCGAUUCUGAUCCUCUUAAUGUUUUUCUGAUGGAGGAUUUUGCUUCAACUCAGCAUCAUCAGUUCUAUUGAUCCUGAGUUGUUUGGUGAGUGACUAGUUUAUUAGCCUUUGGCUGUAGUAGUAGUAAUAGAGAAAAAAGUACAUAUGAUAAGAUAAUAAUAAGUUGCGUGCCUUAGCAUGCAAUUGUAAUAGUAUCAAUGUUUGUUGUCUUGUGUUGUUUAUGCUUUCUAAAUCUUGGAUUUACCUUAUAAUGUUUGGUCAUUUGGUGCAUGUAUUGUAACUAUAUAUGGAGUACUUUAUUACUACUA